AAGGGCGCGCGCUGCGCCAGGAUGUAUGGUCCGUCUUCAACGCUGUCAACCUCCCUCGGAUUGUAUCAACCUCGGCCAGGGAUACAUGAACUUCCCGCCUCCGGAGUGGGCGCGCGAGGGCGCCGAGGAGGCGUUGCGUUCCACGAUGGGGAACCACUACGCGCACCCGAAAGGCAUCCCCCGACUGCGGGAAGCAAUCCAGAAGUUCUAUGGUACGCAGUUUCACGGGAGGGAGCUCGACACGGAGACGGAGAUGGUCGUCACAAGUGGCGCGAACGAAGGGCAGUAUGCGGCCUUCACCGCGUUCGUAGAACCUGGCGAUGAGGUGAUCAUCAUCGAGCCGUUCUUUGACCAGUACUUCCAGAGCGUCGUCUUCAAUGGCGGCGUGCCGGUGUUCGUCCCCCUCCAUCCGCAUCAAGGCGAGCCUGGGACGCUCUGCAAGCCGACUUGGACUCUGGACGUGGAUGAACUCAGACGUGCCAUCACCCCGCGCACCAAGAUGCUCGUGCUCAACACGCCGCACAACCCGGUCGGCAAGGUGUUCACGCGGGCGGAGCUGGAGGCCGUCGCGCAGCUCGCAGACGCGCACGACCUGCUCGUGAUGUCCGACGAAGUCUACGAGCGCCUCGUCUACGACAGGGAGCACGUCCGCUUCGCGACGCUGCCCAGGAUGUGGGACCGGACGAUCACGGUGGGCUCAGCGGGCAAGCUGUUCGCGGCCACGGGCUGGCGGGUCGGCUGGCUGAUCGGCCCGCCCGCGCUGAUCGGGCCUGUGUUCGCCGCAUCGAUCCGCAUCGUGUACUGCUCGAACACGGUCCGCACCAAGUCAUCCUCCACAAGACUGACGUUGGCGAAUGUGUAUAUACUAUACUGCACUACAUCAGAAAGGUUUCUGCGCACAAAUAACGUUGUAUUCCAUCUCCGCAUCCGCAGACUCCUGCAUCUCCUUCUCCAUCGCGUCCAGCAUGAAAUCGAAAUCAGCUUCCGAGCUGACAUAGCCCAGCCCACCGGCCUUGAGUACAGGCGUCUUCAGUCCUCGGAAGGCCCCUAUCCAAUUGUUGCGAGCGUCGACGGCAAGCUGGCCCCCAUUCUUACCCAAAGGUAUCUGCGCCUGCUCAACGCUGACUUGUGUGAACCCAGCUGUACGAAGCAGUGUAGGAAUGAGGACGGCGCAGUCGAGGAGCAGACCCUUCGAUUUGGUGAUGGCGUUCACUAGCGCAGUGAACUUCUCCGUCUCUGGACCAGCCUUCCAAGCUCCGAUCUCCCCCAACUGCACCCAGCCGCCAGGUACGAGGACCCGCAACAUCUCCGUGAGGGCUAAUUCCCAUUCCUCUCUACGCAGCGCAACUAUCAGAAGACGCUGACUGACGAGCUUGAACUCGUUGGUCCAGUCGGCUGGUAACGCGGUGAUGCUCCCGACAUGGAAUUGUACGUUGCCGCGCGAGACAACCGCGUCGUCCUCUCGCGGGAACAGACCUGGCUCGAUGUCGAGACCGUGUAUGACAGUCGUGCGAGGAACAACG